CCUGAAGACACGCCCAUGUAGAGCUGUUAGCCGUUCAAUCCAAGAUGGCGCUGUCCUGUGGAGGGGUAUGCCGCGGGGCUUCAUUGAUCUUACUGUUCGGAAAACGACCUGUCGGGGUCAAAGCAAGUCUCUGUACAUCUAGACUAGCUCCCACAAAACACAGUUUGUGGUUUGUUAGGCACUACUCUCCUUCACAAGCCAGGCAUGGGAUUGGUCGAAGCGUCGUGUCCAGUCUGAAAUGGGCAAACGAGAGAUAUGAGAGAUUCCUGCAACGUCGUUUUCCACGAUUUUACGUUCUCUACCAAACUUUUAUGAAAGGUUUCCGGCUCCUGUUUCAAGAUGGUAAAGAAGUAGGAAGAAUCACAGCCCGCAUGCUCAGUGAAAGAAUAGAGCACCAGAAUUUGCCUUACCGUGAUAUGGAGAAAAUCAGACAGGUACGCAGGGACUUAAUCAAAGCCAUUCCACUUGUCAUCUUAUCAGUACCUCCUUUUGCCAACUAUGUGGUCUUCAUCCUUAUGUACCUCUACCCUCGCCAGCUUCUGAUCCGGCACUUCUGGACUCCACAGCAGCUGGUAGAGUUUCAGAGGGUGUAUCAUACCCAGAGAGCCCAGCACCACUGGGCUAUAGUCAAAGGGAUGGAAAACACGUCAACAUUGGUCCAAGACAGCCGACUCAAGAGCCGCCUUUCAGAGCUCUGCAGUAAGGUCAAAAGUGGAGUCCAUCCUGUGGUGUCUGAUGUCCAUGCAGUGAGAACUUUGUUUUCUGGACCUCCUUUGGGUAUUAACAGAAUGUAUGCAGAUCAGAAGAGACACCUCUGUUCUUUGCUCUUUCUGACGCCCCGCCUCCCGGGCUUCUGGAUUGGUCGACGCUUGAACAACCACGCCUUAGAACUCAUGCAGCUUGACCGUGCCAUUGUUCGAUUAGGAUUGCAUCAGUUGAACGACACAGAGCUCAGAGAGGCAUGUUAUGUGAGAGGGCUGAAUCCAGGCUGCCUGAGUCCAGGACAGUGCCGGGAAUGGCUCACACAGUGGUUGCAGUUCUCAACACACCUCAAAGAGUCUGAGACCUCCCUCUAUCUUCACUGUAUGGUACUGCUAACUGUAAACUUCCCUAAACACCCACGUCACUGACCUCUGGAGGAAGUAGAUGACUUCUCUUCUCAACGCCCACCACACCCAAAGGCAAAACACGACGGGAAUUAAAAGGGGCUGUCAUGAUUUAAAUGUGUUUCUUGUUUUUUCCUAUAUAGACAGGGUGUCUAACUAAUGAUGUACAUUUACACUGGGUUCUACUUUCUAACCAUAUCUGAGACAAAAAGCACACUGAACAUAUACCAAAUGCAUCCAUUUGGAAUUAAACCUCAUUGGUCUUGUACUGAAACAUUUUCAUUCAGAAUAUUUAUUGUACCAUCAACAGUUGUUCAUGCAGUUAUUUGUCAGUAGCAUUUUGUACCUUUGUUUAAAACCUGCACUGACAAGUAUCACAUUCAUUUUUUUAUUUUCUCUCAGAUUGUUUUACUAUAGAUAUCCAUUUUUUUAUGUUUCAAAUCUGAUGUCAAAACUUAAGAGGUUUACAGUUCUUUAUAAAAAUGAAGUGUAUUCCUUAAUGUUAUUAAGCUAUGUUUAUAAUGCAGCAUAUACUUAUUUUAAUUACAUUUAUUUAUAAGUUCUAAAGAAACAAUAUUGCACCUUGUUCCUGUCUUAUCCAAUAAGUUGUUUGCUGUAAGCUCUGGGCUGUUUGGUCAUAGCAUUUAUGUUAUGCUACAUGAGUCUUGUCAAGUUCUGAAAACUUGCUCUUACUAUUCAGCCUUUUAGCUGGUGCCUUUUACUUAAGAACACAGAUAUAAAUGAGGUGCAUUCAAGCUGUUCUUUCUAUAUGUUGCCAAAUGAGUUGCAUUAUUUUGUUUUUAUAUAAAAAGGCAAUGCUGUUUGGUUUGGUGUUAAAGUACAUAUUCAAUGGAAUAUGAAAAGAUUGCAACUUCUAUUAAACAAAUUCAAAUUUUA